UUUUUAGACUUAUUUACAUCAUACAAUAGUAAAAACUCUUCUUCUGACAAAAGAUUGUCAUUUAAUGCCAAAAGCAAUCCUUCUCUUGCUUUUUUACAUGACAUAUUUUUGUAUCUUAAUAAAUGAAUUAAUACCGCGUUGCGCUGUCCUGUUUACGGUUGCUUAGUGAUUUUUACGUUCUUGGCUACGGCGGUCUGACAGCUUACUUCCGGUCGCCGUAGCCGUUCCAUUCCCAGCUGUUGCUUAAAGUCCCUAUUCACAGUGAGGCAACAACAGAUACUGCAUUAUAUAUUGACAUUACUCAUUCAAAAGGGCUAAUCUCAGCUAACUUAACGAGACGGUUAUUUGUUAUGGCUGUUGCAGAACUAGUGGCAAAAUGCUUGCAGGCACGGGAGAUGGCUUACUGUCCCUACAGCAAUUUUCCAGUCGGUGCUGCCAUUCUGACGACAGGAGGCGCCAUUAUCACUGGCUGCAAUGUUGAGAAUGCCUCCUAUGGCCUUACCGUUUGUGCAGAAAGAACUGCAAUACAGAGAGCAGUCGCAGAAGGCUACAGAAGAUUUACAGCUAUAGCGGUCACAUGUGAUAUCAACGACAGUUUUGUGGGACCUUGUGGUGCUUGUCGACAGGUGUUAAUGGAGUUUGGUACAGAAUGGGACGUUUACUUGACUAAGCCAGAUGGAUCCUAUAAGAAGACCAGUCUCAGAGACCUCCUGCCUUUAGCAUUUACACCAGCUCACUUGGAAAAGAAUUAAGUGUCAUUACAUUUAUUUACAUUUUGGAUUGAUUCCAGUUGUGAACAGUUAUGUCAGCAGUCUGUUUGCUUUGCUUCAAGACUUUGCAGUUAUCCAAUUUUAUUUUAAGAAGGAGCAAAGUGCUGCUUUGUUUAAACAGAACCAAGUCUUUUUAAAGUGACCACUUAAUUUAGUGCUUUAUCAGCAAUGAGCCAGUUAGAAUAUCAAGUUGAACAUAACAUUAAAAUAGCAGACUAUUUUCUAAAUCUUGUUUAAAGAAGUUGUCCACACUGCUACCUGCAAGUGAUGAAAUCUGUAUGCUAUUGUAGCUGUUUACAUUGGUUUGUUAUAGUAACAAUAAUCUGUAGUAGGCAUGGCCCGGUAUGAGAUUUGGCUUGCGGUAUUGCCAUUGCAACAAUAAAGUGUGUUAUUUUUAAAUGUCUACUUAAACAAACAACAACCUUUCUACUGAACUCAAUACUUUUUAUUUUUAGGCAACAUUUAACAUGUAUGCCAGGUAAAAAUAAAGCUUUAAAAUGAUAAUUCUCUUUAAAAAUAUAUACUUUUUGGAAUAUGUUUUAAAUGUAAACAUCAAGUCAAUUUACAUGACUUAAUGAUUGAAUUAAACACAGUUCAUACUUUGUAAACAGUAUUACACAAAAAUGUUGAAACCUUUAGUCUUUAAAACCUUUAAACCGGUAACCAGCCCAUGCUUAUAACAAUGUAGGUAUUUAGAAAAGCCUGUAAAGCUCAAAACAAAUAUUUUCUGUGAAAGACUGU